CGAUAUCCCAACCCAAUUACAGUAGUAGUGUAGUACUCAAAUAACAAAUUAUUUACUGUUGAGUCACAGUAAAUGCAUGAGGAAUCUGAGCGUUAAACUAUUUGUAAUUAGCGGUUAUGUUGGGAUGAAGUUGUGGUUACCUAAAUUGGCAAUCAGGGAUUUUUGUAUAUAUGUGUGAUGGCUGUUUGUUAUUAGCAACAUGAGAUAAGUCAACUUGCUGACCAUUUCCACGAUUUCUUAAGAGGGUCAAAAUGUUGAUAGGAUUGCCUCUGCUGGGCAACUAAAUGAAAAGAUUUGCAAUGGGAAGAAACUGACUGAAAGAUUCUUUGGUGUUGAGAGUUUAAGGAUAUGUUGUUGCUAUGUCAAAGCACUACAGCCAUAUAAAAGCCCUUGGUGGUCUGAGGUUUCUCAGAUAUUUUAGCAGGGAAGUAGGAAAACAGAGCACACAUGUUUCUUCGGAAAUAUCUCGCAUAAGGAACGUUGGCAUUUUGGCCCACAUUGAUGCUGGAAAGACAACAACAACAGAGAGAAUGCUUUACUAUUCUGGAACAAUUCACAGUAUGGGUGAAGUUCAUCGCGGCAACACAGUUACAGAUUAUAUGGUCGAGGAAAGAAAUCGAGGUAUCACUAUUACUUCUGCUGCUGUUACCUUUUAUUGGGAUGAACACAAAUUCAACCUAAUUGACACCCCUGGUCAUAUUGACUUUACUAUUGAAGUGGAGCGCACUCUAAAUGUGCUGGAUGGCGCUAUUGUUAUUUUGGAUGGCUCUGCUGGUGUUGAGGCUCAGACACUGACGGUAUGGAGGCAGGCAGACCGCUAUGGUAUUCCACGUAUUAUUUUUGUUAAUAAAAUGGAUCGUAGAGAUGCAAGUCUGAACUUAUCUGUAGAAUCUUUAAAAUACAAGCUGGAUUUAAAUCCAUUGCUCAUUCAACUGCCAGUCUAUGAUGAGGAGAAAAAGUUUUCAGGCAUUAUUGAUCUUGUUUCACUAAAUAUUCUGUCAUGGAGUGAAAAGGACCAAGGGAAGACUUACACCCGAACACCAGUUUGUCAGCAACGACAUGGUAAGCUUUGGGAAAGAGCAACUGAAUCAAGAAAUUCACUUAUUGACCAGCUGACCACCUUAGAUGAUGAGUUAGCAGACCUUGUUAUUCAGCAUGACAGUAUGGAGAGCAUUUCAUCAGAGCCACUUUUAAAAUCACUGAGAAAUGUUUCAUCAUCUCAGAAAGGAGUACCCAUUUUAUGUGGAAGUGCAUACAAAAACAUGGGUGUUCAACCUCUGAUGAAUGCAGUUAUUAAUUUUCUUCCAUCACCUGAGAAACGAAAUACUCAUUUAGCCAAAGCUUUCCAAGACAAUUUAUGUGCAAGAGUAUUCAAAAUUGUCCACAAUGAUCAAAAAAAGACAUUAACCUUUGCUCGAAUAUAUUCAGGAAAAAUGUCCAAGAAUCAAAAGAUUUAUAAUAUUCAGCAAAAACUGACGGAGAAUACUGGGAAACUAAUGGUUGUCUAUGCAGAUGAAACUACUGAAGUUAAUGAAGUAACAAAUGGAAAUAUUGCUGCUGUUUCAGGUCUGAAGAGUACAGUAACAGGAGAUUUUCUGACAUCAUCACAUGCCAUUGCUGAAAGAGCUAGAAAGGCUCUGUCUUUAAGGAAUAAAGUCACUGUGAAUGAAAGCUUUGGAAUUGACACCAUUGUGCCGGACCCUGUCUUUUUUUGCUCAAUAGAGCCUCCAUCACAGGCCUACCAGCAGCAACUUGAAACUGCACUUAUGGAACUGCAAAAAGAAGAUCCCAGCUUAAGGGUUUCAGUCAAUGAAGAAACUGGGCAAACAGUAUUAGCAGGAAUGGGAGAGCUUCAUCUUGAUGUAAUAAAAAAUCGCAUUAUUACCCACUAUAGAAUACCAGUUGAACUUGGUCCACUACAAAUUGCUUAUAAAGAAACAAUAACAAACAGAAUUCAAGAUUCUCACACAAUACAGCACAAACUUGGAAACAAACUGCAGAAUGUCACAAUUACAUUGUCAUUGACCCCUGAUGCUGAGAGAAAAGGAAACAGCCAAGAUUUAUUGAUUUUUGACCGGAGUCCUGAUAGUGCAGCAAAUAUAGAUUCAAUUCCUUCGAAAUAUAUACAGCCACUCAAACAAGGAGCAGUUUCUGGAUUGGCACAUGGACCCAGGUUAAACUGUCCAGUCAUCAAUGUCCAUAUCAUAUUGCACUGGAUUGAAAUUGGAAAAGGGACAUCUGAAACUUUUGUGUCUGCAGCCAUGACUCAGUGCAUCAAAAAGAUGUUGACAGAAUCUGUUACUAUUUUACUUGAACCUGUUAUGAAGGUGGAAGUUGUAACAACAAAUGAAUUUAUGUCAGUAAUUCUAGCUGAUCUUUCACGGAGGAGGCCAUUAACGCAAGAAAUUGAAGACAGGGGUUUGAAUAGAGUGGUGGUUAGCUGUGUACCACUUUCCGAACUGCUUGGCUAUGCAACAGAUCUCAGAACGAUUACUUCUGGGACAGCAACCUUCAGUAUGGAGUUUUUCUCUUAUAAACCAAUGACAAGUGCAGAGGAAGCCAAAGCAAUUGAAAGUGUUACUGGGUUUUCGACAGCUGCUUUUACAUAGGUAACUGCCACAAAAUAACAGACAUUCAUUGUAAAGGAUAGUCUGACAGAUGAGUUACAUUUCUUUCACAUGAGAAAAUGGAAGUUGCAGAUAACAUACUCAGUUUGUUGCAUUAGAUCAAGACGUAGAAAUGCUUAACUCUGCAAGUAUUCAAGACAUUGUCACAUCCCAAGUUGGUAGAUUAGUUUGGUUUGUUGUUCGUUCCAUGGAUCAUGUGCAUGACAGUUCAUUAUUAUGUAGACUCUGUGGACUAUCUCAGUGUGUGAUGAAGAUUACUUAACCAAUAAAUCAUAUACAUUACA